AGAAUGAGAGAGGGAGGGACGGCGCAGCAUGAGGUUGGGAGGGAAGUCGCUGGAGAACGUCAGUCGAAGGCCAGCUGCCUCUCCGAGUGAAGAUGCUGGUGACUGUGUGCGUCUUGGUGCUGGCGGCGCUGCAGGGGCUAGAGGCGGCGAAUCCACAACUGUGGCGUGUGGAUGCGUCAGCCCACCACCGCGCCCUUCGGUCCCUGCAGGAUGAGGGCCACCUGGAUAUAUGGGGCGGGAGCGGAAGUCACGCCCAGGUGAUGGUGGAGGAGGAGGCGAAGGAGAGGGUGAAGAGGGCUCUGCUGGAGGCCGGGGUGGACCAUAAGGUGGAGGUGGAGGAUGCCCUUGCCUUGGUGGAGAGCAAACUGCCACUCAGAAGAAGGAAGAGAGCGACAUCAACUAACUUCCCAAUGGACUGGAACACUUACCAUGACUACAAUGACAUCGAGGCGUUCAUAGGCAUCAUGAACCUCACUAGCGGGGGUUACCUGCGGGAGGAGGUCGCCACCAUUACGGGGGAGGGGCGGCCUCUCAGGGUGGUGAGGAUAACGGAUCCCAACGCCACAGGACCCAAGAAGAAGAUCUGGAUUGAGGGUGGUAUCCACGCGAGGGAAUGGAUCUCACCCGCCGUCACCACCUUCCUGAUCCACCGCCUGGUCACUGAUCCCUUGUGGCACCCAAUCCUGAGCUACACUGAAUGGUAUCUGGUUCCCGUGGCCAACCCUGACGGUUACCAGUUCUCCUUCGCCGGGGACGCCAGGUCAAGGCUGUGGCGCAAGAACCGACGGAUCAACGGGGUCAACGGGCGAUGCAAGGGCGUUGAUUUGAACAGAAACUGGGAUCUGAAGUGGGGUGUGGGCGCCUCUGGAAACCCCUGCAGCGAGACGUACAAGGGCCCCACUGCGUUCAGCGAGAAGGAGACACACGGGCUGCAGAACAUGAUGAGGCAGAUUGGGGACAUCGAUUUGUUCAUCACCUUCCACAGCUUCGGUCAGACGGUGCUGUACCCCUGGGGCUGGACCGUCAAGCCUCCAGCGAACGUCAAGAUGCUGAGGAGAGUCGCCAGGAAGUUCACGGACACGAUCAAACAAAUAUCCAACGGGUCAACCAACUACCAGAUUGGUGGGUCCGGUCCUCUGUACGGCCUGGCGUCUGGCGCCACGGAUGACUGGGCUUAUGGGGAGCUCGGUGUGCCGCUCUCCUACACCAUCGAGCUGCCAGACGAUGGCCACUACGGUUUCCUGCUGCCGGAGAGCCGCAUCAGCAGCACCGUGACGGAGACAGCGGCCGGCGUGUACUGCAUGGCGAGCUUCAUCGCUAACACGGGUUCCUGUGCGCCACGGCGCACCAGGAACCCGUGGGCAUUUCGAGCCCCAUCACCAAGAUUCUGGGGCUGAGACCUCUCCUCCUCCCUCCCUCUGGCGAACUAUCGUGGCGGGUGUGUUCGUCAUGGCGGCCUCCACCCGUCCUGCUAGCGGCGUCCUCCUCCCCUGGGCGUUGGUUACAGCUGCCUCUCUGUACCCUCUAGUUACUUAAUUUCCCAGUCACGCUGUAUAUAGUGACAAGCUCAGGCCAGCACAUAUCAGGCUCACCCACAGCCUGAGUAGUGUGCCUGCCGAGUCUGGUCUUCUGCUGUAACCAUAUUCUCCCAUUCCCCAUUCUGCCCCUGCACACGGUGCUGCCUGACCUCGCUCGCAUGGGGAAAAUUCAUAUCCUCAGAAACACCCAAAUAACGUCAAAACCUCUCUUAGUUAUUACAUAGUCCAUAUCAAACAGCCGCAGGCGACGAGUUUUGUUGAAUUUUGUUGAGUGAUUCGCUGUGAACCAUUGCUAUGUUCGAGCGCUGUCUUGAUGCGUCAUUCUGGCCACUCACGCCUCGCCAGACACUUGAGUUUUGUCCUCAUCUGUCCUCUCAGCGUCGCCCGGCAACGGUGAGCAGCGAAGGGGCCCGGGCUGCAGGAGUGCGAGGCUAGGGUCCGUAUUCAGAAACUGCACUCUCACCAAGACUGUUUUCAAAGGGUACAGAGAUGAUUGGCGGCUUCACAGUGUUUUUCUGUUAAAGAUGCAGAAACCUUUUUUUUAUAACUUGUCAUUAAAAUCGUAAAAAAACGUCCUUAAAGCCUUUUGAAAGUAGCGGAGAUCAGGCAUAAAUAUGUUUCAGAAUACACUGACUUAAGAGUGAGCACUGGAUAGAAGGGAGAGAAUGAUGAACGUUAUAGUAGAAGGAAAAAACAAAAAAGAGGUACUAUAUAUUCAUAAAGAAAAGUACUUCAGAUGGGACCACUAGUUUAGGAUAUAUUGUAAUGUUUGCAUGGAAAUAAUGUGCAUUGUAGAGUCUUUUUGUGGCCAGUUGACAGAAUGUAAUACCUUUGCAUUAGGGUCCACAUGAAACACACGCCGUUCCUCCGCGACACUGCCCUGGUUUCAGUUGAAGGUGCACGGGUUUUUUAAAAGGUGUUUUUAUAUUUCUAGUGACAAAUUAACACGACUUGUACAUUACUAGAAGGAAAAAGCAGUCUUGAUAGCCCUUUGGAAACAGUGCAGUGAAAGAGCAAACCACUUUAGAACACGGCCUGAGCACUUCACUGAUGCAACCUUCCUUUAGCAGUGUCAGGUGAUUGCUGGCGAGUGUGUGUGUGUAUGGCGCUGAGUGUUGACUGCUGACGUUAUGAGGCUGCGUCAAAGUAUGAGAACUACGUGUUAUGUGUAUUAUCAUUAUUAUCAUUAUUUUUGUUAUAGUUUUUCGUGUACAAUUUUUAAGCGCUAGAGAAGACAAAUUUCUUGUGUUAGAUUUCCUUCUUCCAUCCAAUUCCUUCUCUUCUCUUAUUAUUUUCUUCUCUCUCGGCCACCAUCACCACCACCACCAUCACUACCAUCAUCCACAGCAGCCUUCCCCGUGCUCGUACACCACCACCACCACCACCACCAUCUCCAUCAUCAUCAUUGUUAUAAAUUGUAGCAACAGCAGUAAAUAUCGUUGGUGCAGCGAUAUAUUAUAGAUAAACCCGUGGCAUUAUAAUUGUAAGCUGGUAUGUAGGAGGAUGAAGACUAAUUAGGAGUUACGUCAUAUGUUUGUGGUGGUGAAAUAUGGUGGCAAUGUUGACAUGCUUGUGUAUCGUACCAGUUGUGACAUUACUGUACUGUGUUCGUGACUUUUUUGUUUCUCUCUCUCUCUCUCUCUCUCUCUCUCUCUCUCUCUCUCUCUCUCUCUCUAUUAUAUAUUUUUAUAGAAGCCCAUCUACGUAUAUUUGCUUCUGGUAGUUACUGUGUGUCGCUUCAUAAGUUGCAUAUUAUUUAUUAUGUUACUCUAAAGGCGGUGUCACACUAGCACUUUUCUCGUCUACUUUUUCCGUCGCUUUUCAGAAAAUCGACAAUAUUUUGGCUGCGGCCUGUCACUCACAAACGGUGUUUCGUCGUCACUUUCCAUCGUCACUUCCCGCCAACAUAGACCGACAAUGUACACAAACAUGGAGGCCACGCUGCGGCAAAGAUACGCUGCUCUGAACGUAAUACUGUCUACUACGAAACUUAGACUAGCUAAACAAGCCAAAAAGCGUGCAUGGAUGCGUUCAUGGUUAGUGGUAGAACCAAUGCACGUAGAAGCAGGUUGAGGAGACGCGGCAAGUCUUGUGGUCUUGGUCUUGGUAUGUAAACAAAGGCGGAAAAUUUGCAGCCGGAAACGAUCCCUAUCGCCUGACAAAUUCAUGCGGAACGUUGAAAAAUAGACGGAAAAAGUGUUAGUGUGACACCGCCUUUAAUAAGUUAUCUAUGACAGUCGCAGUUAUAAUGUUACGUUUGGUGAAGUGAACCAUGGCACAGAUGUUUGAUACUUGAAACUGUUCUUGGCUUCACAGAGCUUCAAAUGAAAUCUUGAGCCAAAUUAUAUUGAGCAUAUUUUUCUUACUAUCAUUGUAGGAAACGGAAAGCUAGUUAUGGUCAGUAUUAUCUUACGUCAUAUCAAUAUGUCGAAGGUGAAACUCAAUUUGUUAUCCUAUUGUGAACGGGACGGUGAAGGAGGUCAUAGCAGGUCAUGGCAGCUGUAUACACGUGACCUCUGAUUGCCUUCUACCUCAGUUGCUUGUAUCUGUGAAUAAAACGCACUGAUAA